ACGGAAGAGGAAGUCUUUGACACCGCCCCUGUUGCCGCAAUGCAGAGGGAGGAGAAGCAGCUUGAGGCAUCAUUAGAUGCACUGCUGAGUCAAGUGGCUGAUCUGAAGAAUUCACUGGGGAGUUUCAUUUACAAGUUGGAGAAUGAAUAUGACCGGCUGACCUGGCCAUCUGUCCUGGACAGCUUUGCCUUGCUCUCUGGACAGCUGAACACUCUGAACAAGGUCUUGAAGCAUGAAAAGACACCACUGUUCCGUAACCAGGUCAUCAUCCCUCUGGUGUUGUCCCCAGACCGAGAUGAAGAUCUCAUGAGGCAGACUGAAGGACGGGUCCCUGUUUUUAGCCAUGAGGUGGUCCCUGACCAUCUGAGAACCAAGCCUGACCCUGAGGUAGAAGAGCAAGAGAAGCAGCUGACAACGGAUGCUGCCCGCAUUGGUGCUGAUGCAGCUCAGAAGCAGAUCCAGAGCUUGAAUAAAAUGUGCUCAAACCUUCUGGAGAAAAUCAGCAAAGAGGAACGAGAAGCAGAGAGUGGAGGUCUCCGGCCAAACAAGCAGACCUUUAACCCAGCAGACACCAAUGCGUUAGUGGCAGCUGUUGCCUUUGGGAAGGGGCUGUCUAAUUGGAGGCCUUCAGGCAGCAGUGGUCCUGGCCAGCCGGGCCAGCCAGGAGCUGGGACAAUCCUCGCAGGAGCCUCAGGAUUACAGCAGGUGCAGAUGGCAGGAGCUCCAAGUCAGCAGCAGCCAAUGCUCAGUGGGGUGCAGAUGGCCCAAGCAGGUCAACCAGGGAAAAUGCCAAGUGGAAUAAAAACCAACAUCAAGUCGGCUUCCAUGCAUCCCUACCAGCGGUGAGUGUGGCCGACAACCUCCACUCCCAGGUGCUCUUUGCAGAGUUGGGCAGUGAAACUGCCUUUUGCCCAAAGCUGACCUAGAUGGGUAUAAUAAAAAGAAUACGGGCUUUCAGCCACAGACAGAUCCCAUCUCCACUGCCGACUAGCUGUGUGACCUUGGGCAAGUGACCUAAUUUUUCUGAGCCGGUUUUCUUGUUUAUAAAUGGUGAUAAUACCUACCUCAUAGGGUUGUUGUGAGGAUUAAAAUGGGAAAAUGAAUGUAAAACACUUGGCACAGUCUAUGAAAUAAUGGGUAUUCAAUAAAUGAGAGUUUCUACAGCCACUUCUCCCCACCGCCCCCUCCCCUCUUCAGUCCUCGAUCCAGAACUUAUCCUGAUCUGAUACUGCUUCGUGUCUGUGGUGGGCUGAUGGACACGAGAUCAUGGACCGCUCAGCUCUGUUUGAAAGCCUGUGCUUAUUUCGUGCUGCCAGCAACGGUGACAGCCUCUAUGUCCUUCGAGGCCUACUGUCUCCUCAGGCCUUCCUGCCCAGGUUCCAUCCCGGCCAUCUCUCCAAGCUGCAGGUGACGAGGCUUCUGGGCUGAGACAGACUGUCCCCUUGUGGCUCUGGAGAAGCUCAGGCCUGCUCUACUCUCCAUCCUCUGAGAAGCCAAUUCAGCUCUUAUCUGGGAAAUAGUCACAAAGUACCCUAUCCUUUACCCUACCCUUCACACACGAAGGACGAUGUCGAAGGCCCGGUAUAUGGGGGCUUCUUCAGGAAGUGGCUCUACCAGGCAGGACUAUGUGAGAAAGGGUUUUUCUUAGCAGAUGAAAAAGUCCCUUGUUCCCCAGACUCUUUUUUUCUUAUUUUAGAGGGAGAGGGGAAUUGCACCUCACACCAUCUUUCAUCAUGGUUGAGUUAUCCUCAUAACUUGCCUAGUUCCUGGGCUCCAGCCAGGAUGGUUUUUCUCCAGUACACUGAGCCUGUGGUUCCAAUAAGGGCCAGAUGGAUGGCGGGAGGUGGCAGCCGCCAGUACUUUUGCCUGCUUUUAUAAAGCUGAGAGCAGAGUGGGCUUGGGUCUCCAGCUUAAGCUGCCUUGCUUAGCUCUCUGUUGUGAGCUAGGGCAGGGGUUGAGUCAGCAGAAGUGGACCAAAGGGUUUCUCUGAAUAAAGUUAUUUAAGUGGAUGGCCACUGUGUCAGGGUUAAUCUGACAGAUAACUUGAGACAGCUACGUAGGGAUUGGAGACUACAUGUCAGAGACUUUCAACGUUGCUGCAAGGCAAUU